GACUCUGUAAUGUUCCGCAAUCUCCGUGUGUUGAGGUGGUAGCGUUCGGCCGAACAGCUGACGGGGACAGCCCUCUAAAGGCAAGAGAAGAACUGGUUGUCGAUUUAGCUCCACGAAACCUCGCAUCUUGUAACAACAUUCAUUUUUUUUCCAGAGUGAAGGCAUACGGAUUCAUCUCCACUGUCUAGGACAAGCGACGACUGGAAAGAAAUGUAGAGACUAUGCACUGAAAACCACUGGAAGUUUGUUGGAUCGGUCACUCCGUGAACGGAUUUUUGGUGGGAUGUUAUCAAGUUUGCGCCGAGACCGAUGGAAAUUUAUUUAGACCAGCAGUGGAGAGGGUUUUACAUGUAAAGUCUGAACACAUGUUCUACAAAUAUUUAUGAAGAAUAGCACUGCACGGGUACUGCCGAAAAUGUGCGUGGUCUCUGUGACAUACUUAGGUGUAUUGAGUAAUCUGUAUUUUUACCAAGCGUGUAGUUUUAGCGAAUGCUGGUACUAGAGUACAAAGCAGCCAGUUUAAGACAAUUCUGGACUGAUGUAUUCAGAAUAAAGUAUUUGAGAUAUUAGUCUGCAUCAUUUCAAAAUUCGAUAUUGAUUAGGCUACGUUUUUCAUUGCAUGUGAAUAGGGAGGCUGCUGUUCGUGAACGCUUCGCUAUAGCUACCGCGCGUGUAAUAGCAGUUGCACAGGAUGGAUGUCAAAGUCCUCGUGAUAUACAAUGUUGCUUAUUUGUACAUAAGAUCAUCCUUUAUGUAUUUAUUUUGAUAGUCUUUUUGCUAUCCAGUUAUAGACAACUUUUCUCCACAUUCCUUUAAAACUCUUUAAAAAGCAAGGCAAAGAUUACUCAUAAUAGCGGAAGAUGGGAGAUGCAGCUCUUCCACAACCAACGGCGGGUGGCUUUGUACCCAUGUUAGGUGUUGGCAUGGGGGGCUCUGUGCCCGGCACGGUCGCCGGGCAACUAGCGAGCACUAGAAGCUCUGCUGUCCCGCAGCUGCACAACGCUAUAGUGGAACGUUUGCGAGCUCGAAUCGAGCUGUGCAGAAGGCAUCACUCGAGCUGCGAAAGCCGCUAUCAGCGUGGCCAAGCGGAAACCUCGGACCGCGAGCACGAAAGCACGCUUCACCUCCUCAAUAUUGUGAACCAGGGACCAGGACACCGGAAAAACAAGGGCAACAAAAACACAGCUCAGCAACCCUCAGAGUACAACAGCAGGUUGAAUGGGGAGCAAAAGCCCCCGAACAACGCUGGAGGGGAAACGAAGAAUUCGACACGCAUAGCGCUCCAGGGCUCCUUGAGGAGGAAGAUCGAGGGACAACCACCUGGGUACAACCCCAAACAGAAUGGCCUCUCUGCUGGAGCGUUUGGCCCAGACUUUAAGCGUGUGCGAGUGGACGGUGACCCCAUGCGACACGGGGGCUGUGUGUUCAGCAACGGGCAGCAGCCCCAAAACCUGCCUGGGGACACCUCCAUGGGUGCUGGCCUACAGAGGAAGGACAAUAAUGUGAUGGGCCAUGCAAUUGGGGGUGACCUGUUCAACUUGACCCUCAAAGAGAUGAAAAGGGAACCAGGGGAGGUCCACUCCUGCGGGCAGUCGUCCUCUGACCCUGGCAUGAUGGUGUUUGACUUCAAAGAAGAAAGCGAUGGCCAGAUCGACCCCGAGCUGCAGGACCUGUUCGAUGAGCUCACAAAGUCGGUACCAUCGCUGAACGACCUGGAGUUUGAGAAGAUGCUGAAGCAGGACGACACCUUUGGUGUGGAUCUGGGGCGUCCCGGCUCGGCUGGGGCGAGCAAGCCAUGUGCUCAGAUGGAGAGGGCCAUAAAGACAGAGUACUCCCCGGGGUUCAGCCAGGCACCCACGGGCUCACCCCAGCUGCGACCAGCCUCCGCGGGGCCCGCCCUCUCCAUGGCCAGCACCUCCCUGUCCUCCUCCCCUGCCACCUCCGUCCCCCAAAACCUAGGCCAGGGGUCGCAGGUGUCAUCCGGGGCGACCAGACCCCUGACCAGCUGGACGGAGCUCUCACACUCCGAGCAGCUGAAGCAGAUGGCAGCAAACCAGCAGCCUGCCUUGCUGCACCACCACCAGCAGAGCCAGCCGGGGACAGCGGCCAGCUGGUCGCCUGCGAUGACCACGCACUCCUCUCCCGGCCCGUUUGGACAGGAGAAGAUCCCCAGCCCGGCCACCCUGUGCUCCCAGAACACCAUCCUGCCACCCAUGGGCAGUGGCCAAAACAAGGGGAUCAACAACUGCCUCUUCAAGGUGAACGGCAGCAGCGGCUCCACCCAAAUGGACAUGAAGGUCCUCGGCAGCAAGCCGCUGUCACACUUCAGCCCCAAGUCCCAUCCCAGUAUUAGCCAGCAGGUACCCUUGAUGGGAGGGCCCCAGAACAAGCCCACCAUGCACUUUCAGCAACCACAAAAACAGCAGCAGCAGCAACAGCAGCAGCAGCCAGCUGCCACAGUUCAGAACCAGCGUCAGCCCCCAUCCCACUUCCCAAACCCUGCACUCCCCCUGUGCCAGCAGCCCAAGCCCCUGCCCCAGAAGAUGGCCCUGAACCCACAUGUAGCAGGCCUCCAUUUCAAGUUGGCUCAGCAAAGACAGCAGGUCUUGCCCCCGGGAGCUCGCCUGCCAACGAGCAGCAGCUUUGGGAGUGUCUCGACCCAGUCGCUGCCGCAGCCUCAGACCCCGGCUCCAAACAGCCAGCCAAAAAUCCCGGGCAAGAACCAGGCCAUGCAGAGACAGCUGGCACUGCGGCAGCAAAUCAUCAGCGACUCGGACAAAAUAAACCCUCAAGAUCAGCUGAGCCGCCAUUUAACUCGACCCCCUCCUGAUUACAAACAGCCGAGAAGAAACAUGGUUGGAGCACAACCAAAUCCAUUCAAAGGGGGUGGUCUCCAGCUUGGCCUGAACUCUUCCCAGGCAUUGACGAGCACUGUGUCCAGCCAGAGCACCCUCCAAGCCAACUCCUGCCACCUUCCCACGAGCCAGGGCACCAAAAUGACCCCUUCAGGCAGUGACAGGAGAUUUGGGGGUGGGCCAGACCCUUCACAGGGUGGCUACAACAUCCAGACUGUAGUGAGCCAGCUCCAGCAGCACAGCCACCAAAACCAGCUGGGAAUGAACCAAAACAGCCCGAGAUUUCCCGGACCCAACAGCCUGGGCGGGGCUUUCGCAUCAGGUCCCGCCACCAGCACCCAGCAUAUGAGGCCGGCAGGGGGCCAGGAGGCAGUGGCCAUGCCCAGACAGCGACUGCUGAGUGCGAUGGCCAGUGCCAAUGCGGCGGGACCUGCAAACUGGGCCCAGGGCUCCAAGCAGCCUCCGAUGGGCAUGAGGAGGUUUCCCAGCACGCUCCCGCCCCAUCAGGGAGGGCAGACGAACGUGAGUGGUCAUCAUUUCCCUCCCAGACCCAUGGCCCCACCCAGCCAAUUGGCAGCAGACACCCCCAUGGUCCCUCUCAACCAGGCCAUGAAUGGGCAGACAGCAGUGGGGGCAGGAGUAGGGGUGGGCAGAGAUUCCACGCCCAGACCCGGCCAGCCAAGAAUGCCCCCUUUGCCCACGAUGGGCAGCAUAGGUCAGAGCUCGCCAGCACCGCCGGUGGCCGUGCGUGUGUUCGGGACAUCCCCUCAGAACCCACGCAGCUACCAAGGCAACCAGAGUGGUGAUCUGACCUUUGACUUCCUUCAGGAUGGCGACAACACAGUCCCCGGGAUCAACUCAGAUUCGGACUUCAUCGACUCCCUGCUGAAGUCGGGGCCCUCGACUGAUGACUGGAUGAAGGACAUUAACCUCGAUGAGAUCCUGGGCAGUCAGUCAUAGACGGUGGCAGGAAGCGUUCAACCCCAUGACAUUUCUGUAGACUUUUGAAUGGCACCGGCAUUAAUGUAUGGAGGAAAUCUGACUUUGGAUGCCAUAUGGAAUGCCUAAAUAGCAGACGCUGGAUACAUAAUUAUUAUUGAAACAAUACUGGCCUUUUAUAUUAUACUCUCAUGAUGAAAAGUGCUUUGUAUUAAAGUUUUUCAAUCAUAAUUCACCAUCUGUAUUUAAACUUGCUGCUGAAAGCCAUUUUGAGGCAAAUGUGCAGAGUGGCAGAGACAUUGUUAACAUCUUCUCCAUCUUUUGUUCUAUCAGUGAGACAGGCUAACCUGGUCAACCUCUUUCUUCCACCUGUGUAUUGUGAAAGCUGAGAUAUGUGUUUUUAAGUACUUUGGAUUGUGGAAACAAUUUGUGAACUUGUGUAUUUGCUGUGCAUUGCCUCUCACGAUGUCAGAUUCCCCUUCAUUGAUUUCAAUGCCUUUGCCACCUUUGUAAUUCUAAUUCCUUCAAAAUAUACUGCUGUACUGUGAGUAUACUAUUAAUUCUACUGCAUCGCAAACCACAAUACUCU